UAAUUGCAUAAAAUAAUGUAGAAUAUAUAGGGGAGAAGGUAUUAGGUGGAAAAGGAUUAUUAGGCUCACCCAAAGAUUGCGAACGGAUUAUAGGACUCACAUCAGUUUAACCAUCUAUCUCAAACACACGGCCAUUGCUCUCUCCUUCUCUCCCCGUCGAUCUAUGUUUAUGCUAUGUUUGAUCUGUUUUAUGUAUGUAAUUAACUGUUCUAAUUUUUAUACAAGCAUACAAUUGUUGAUGCAGAACUGAACUUAUUCUUGCAGAUGGGGAUGGCUCCACGCGUGACACCAUACCCCCAUUGAAAAAAAAAAAAACCCCACCCCACGCGUGACCCACCUUCCCCCAUUUAAAAAAAAAAACACACCCCGCGCAUGACCCCCUUUCCCCCCAUUUAAGCCCCUUCGUGAGUGGUCAUGGAACCCACCCUUGUCUCAGCGCUGCCGUGUGAUUUCCUUCUCCGGAAAAGCCGCCGUCUCUCUGUUGCUGUAUUCGGAGGAGAGGGAUUCUCGGUCAUGGGGUUGCGUCGCCGUCGCCGAAUUCGAUAUCUGCGUCUUCAUCGGAAUGCUGCGCCUGCUCCUCUCUCACAAGCUUGAAUCUCCAUCAGAGUCACCAUCUGAGUAUUCAAGAGAUUUAGGGGCUAGAAGCUUUGAAGACACUGCCGUCGAUCAGAGCUUCGCCUCGCCGGGAUGCUUUCGAUCAGGUCUCACGCGUAGGUGGAGAGGGAAACUUAGGUUUGAAAUCCGGGUCGGGUUGGGUCUUGGAGCUUCUGUUUUUUGGGUCUGGGCUAGGUUUUUGACCCGGGUCCCUGUAAAAAAAACACAGAGUGUGUCACUGAGCUCAGCCAUAGCUUCUUCACAGUUCACAAAUCACAACCCAAACCAAAACCCUAGCUCCUUCAACGGUUCCGCCGCCGUCGUCCGUGAUUGUCGGCGCCUCCGCGACUUCCUCCUUCAACCCAGGAACAGAUACAAACUGUGGAGUAGCGCAGUGGUGGCAGACUGGCAAGAGUUGUGUUAAAAGUAUUAAGCAGUUAUUAUUAAUAGUUUAAUGAAAUAAUUUUUUUUGUAGGUUUUUGUUGUCAUUGAAUAUGGACAAUGACAUGCUGUUUUUUUUAUAGUUGGGCCUAGUUAUUCAGAAAGUGAACCGUUGCUAAAAAAUUAUUUUGGGUCAUAAUAAUAAUAAU